ACAUGGAGGAUCUGCUACUUCUAAUUGUUAAGGAAUCACAAAAUGCCAAAUUAUCUAACGUUAGAAAAGCCGCUCAGGAUGCAUAUGAUUUUAUGGAAAAACAACAGGGUCUCCUACGAGACCCUCCUCAUGAACUACGAUCAAAAUGUCUUUAUGCCAUCCAACUGGCUUUGGAGACCAAACGAAGCAAAUUAGUUUCAUAUGGGCUGACUGGACUCCAUAAAAUAUUGAGAGAUGAUAGAUUUCAAUCUCCAUAUGAGCCUGAAGAUGAUUCCUUAUGGUUACCCGCCCAGAUGUUACAUGCGAUGGGUUCCAUUCUCUCUCAAUCAGAUGAUACACAAACGGAUAUGUUGAAGGUAUUAUUACAAGUAGCUUGUUCAGCUUAUUGGACAAUGAACGGUCGUUUAAUCAUUGCAAUCCUCACGACAUGUUGUGAAGCUUUUGAGAAUGGAAAUCAAGCAGUUCGAACUGCUGCUCAAGCUGCAACAAGUCAAACUUUGAGAUCUUUUUGUUUAUUUUUAGAUGAAGAAUGCAGAGAAUUGGAUGAAUAUGCAAAAAAGAAUAAAAAUCUGCGAGAAAGAGGAGUUUCUUGCUUCAAUGAAGCACUCCCAAUUCUUCAAUAUAUUUGCAGUAGAUUGGAUGAAGCUCAGAGGAAAAAAUGUUCCAACAAUACAAAAAAUGGGAAUACCAUAGUCUUCCUGCUAGAAUGUUUACAUACAUUGAUAUCAUCACUCCCUCAGAAAAUCCAUACAAAUACGCAUUUCACUACAUUCCUCUGGCAGAAAUUCUGCCCUGCAUUGAUCGCUUUCCUGGGAACCCCUCGAGUAGACAAAACUUUUACAUCACGCGAAGGAAGAGACACUGAGGUAGGCAGAGGUUCUGGUUACUUAGCAACGACCUUGAGCUUUGAUAGUCACCAAUCAAAGACUGUUUACAGCAUUGGAAUAGAACUAGUACGUCUUGUAGGCUGUGUUGGAUCUCUUCGCCCAGUAUUAGAAUCGGUUUUCCAUCGUAUGCUGUUGUAUCCACCACCUCAACAACGUCUUGAGUCAUUGAAAGCUGUACGAGAGCUUUUAAGAAGUCCAAGUCGAAUGGUAGACUUUUCUGGACCGCUUUUAGUUGAAGAAGAAAAAACUAGUCAACCUCAGAGUGAUAUGGCCUUGAUGAGAUUGGUAAUGGAUUCAAUCGAGGAGUCAACAACUGCUGGUCAACCUGUUUUAUACGCCAGCGUUUCUUGUGUAGUGGCUAUGCUUUCAGCUCUACAAGAGCUCUGUGAAGGCAAAGCUAUUAGUCAUAGUUACAUUUGUACUAUUAAUGCUUUAUAUGAUGACUUGGAAUCUUGUGAUUAUCGAGGCCCAUUGACUUACCAAAGUAUGAGUAGAUUACCAAAAACUUAUAGAGAGCAGUUGGAGUUAAUGAAAAAGUCAACUGGUUCAGAAUCAGAUUCUUCUGGUCAUGGCCCUUCUGAAGAUGGUGAUUCUACUGAUACUGAAGGACCUCAAAAUGAAUCUGAUGACGUUGCUGAUGAUAAUAGUCUCGAUGAAAAUGAUUAUGCUAUAGCAAAUGAACGGGAAAGACUGAGAUUAGAAAAAUUGCCCAAAUGUCUUCAUGUAGGAAGGCAAUUUGCUGAAGAAUGUAAUGUAGACGUAGAACGACAUAAUGCUCGUCAAUUUGUGAAGAUUCUUCGCACGGAUUUGAUUCCUUUGGUAUUGAACCUUCGAAGUAAUAUUGAAGUGGAUGAAGCCCUACAGAAUUUUGCUUCAGAAUACUGUCAGGGAGUCUUUGCUUCUCAACAAAAAAUUCAAGAUCCAGAUUCCGCUGAUGCAGGUGCCUUAAUAACAAUUAUGAAUGCUGAUGGAAUAUAUUUAGCAACUUAUGCAGCUUUGUUACUUAAUUUGAAGCUGAUAAAAAUGAAUUAUUAUUCUUAUGAAGGUUGUCAAGUGCCGAUGAGUGAAGAACAAUUUGUUGAAGAAGUUCACGGAUCAGGGGUAUUAGUUUAUUUAUCAGCCACCUGGUUAUCUGAGCUUUAUCAACAAAUUUUAGCAUGUAAUUUAUUGGAGAAGUGUGGAUAUAAUCCUGUGUCAACAGAAAAUUGUGCUCUAGUUAAUAUUUUAGUUGACGUUGAUGGAAUAAGCGGUAGUCAACGAGGUGGUCAACUACUUUCGGAUUAUCGAAGAUUAGAGAAAGCUCAACUAUCACGAAGUGAGGCAACUCCAGAAGAAGAAGCAGGAGCAAAAUUAUCAAGAAGAGUCUUGACCUGUUGUUGGACCAGUAUGAUGACUGUAUUGACUGCUGGCUUAAAUCCUGUGAAAGAAGACACGAGUAAGGGAAUUUUAAACCGAGAUAAUGCGAGACGAGGGGUUAGAGAUACGGUUGUCUUGGCGUUGGAGGGGCUUCACAAAGCAGCUACUCUUAGCAAUGUUCUUGGACUUCAAAGUCGCUGCGGGUCGAUUUUUGCUCUUUUAGCCAAGGCCGCAUGUACAGAGCCAGCUAUAUCGAAAUUGCGACGUACUAAAGAUGUAUUAAGGCUUAAAUUACAAAAUAGAGCAACAAAUCUACACACUUCACAUGCGCUGAGCAUGGAAGUUUUGCUUGGCAGAGGUCUAGAACUUGGAUCUCAUGGAAGUGACUGCUGGCCUCACGUAUUUACAUGUUGUUUGUAUGUAAGCAAGUUGGAGCAUGACUUCUUUGGACGAAAUCAGAAUCUUGUAUUACCCAAAUUGGCGAGGAAAGAGAAAAAAGAAUGCCAGAUUGAAUCUAAAGUAGACAAAAACCGAUUGAAUUUUAAUAUCAUCGACGAAGAUGAAACUUGUGUUGAUGUUUAUAGUUUCUUAUCGACCCCAUAUAGCCAAAAUCCUACUACAGAUACUGUUCCAGAUAUUAUUCAAGAGUCCAAUGCUGAUAAUCAAUUUAAUGGCAUUCUUCCAGCAGAUUAUGCGGCAAAAAUAAUUUGUGUUUUAUCUCAACAAGUCGAUAGAUUAUUCGAAGAUGCUGCUUUAAAACUUAAUUUAAAAGCAUUGUGCUCUUUUUUAACAGCUUUAUGUAAAGCCUCUAAAGACCAAUUAUUUAAAUCAGCUGAUGGAAACACAGACAACCGGAAAUUUUGGUUCAAAAAAUCAAAACCUCGUGAAGAAGAGUUAAAUGUCCUACUUCUUUCACGGUUAGGUGAAGUUAUGUUGAAGUGUGUUAAAUCAGGACGACCUUUGAUUCACAUUAUGAGAAUAUGGAGCGUUUUAGGGCCACAUUUUAUGGAAGCUGCUUGUCAUAAAGACCGAGAAAUUUCUAAGAAAGCUGUUCAAUGCAUUCAUGACUCAAUGGCAGCACUUCUGAAUGAACAAAUAGAGCUGCCGCACUUUCAUUUCAAUGAAGCGCUCUUCAAACCUUUUGAAAAUCUCCUCUGUUUAGAACUGUGUGACAGCGACGUUCAAGAUCAAAUUGUAAGCUGUAUUUGUGAGUUUGUAGAGACAAACCGAACAGAAAUAAGAUCAGGAUGGCGACCAUUAUUUGGAGCACUUCGUGUAGCAUCAGUUGGAUCAUCAGAUUCUGUUGAAUCUGCACCACUUCUUGAAGUUUUUAGGGUGUUUUUAUCAACCGAUAAUACCUUAGUUUUUGCUAAUGCAGCUCUUGACUGCAUUUUGUGUCUAUUGAAGCACGUGAGAGGAACUGGAGAAGCUGAAAGUUCAACAGAUUCUGAUCAAAUUACCAAUUUAGAAAUUAAAAAAAUGAGAUUAUGUUUAGAGAGUUUAAAAUAUCUUUUAAAUUGCAGUGACAUUCUUUCAUCAAUGUAUCGAAUGCCUGCUUGUCCUAUUUUCCAUUCUGCUGCUAAGAUUCAAGUCUCUGCAAUUCCUCAGUACGUGGAUCCAGUAAUUCCCAACCUAGAAGUGGCCAAAUUUGAUAAGAAUUCUGAUACCAUGCAAGAGAUAAUCCCUGAAGUGUCUUAUGAAUUAUUAUCGAAGCUUGAUAAAACUCAAACGAUAACUUUGCAAAGCAUGGAGAAGCCUAGUGGUAUUUUAAGAGUUUGGUAUCUUCUUAUUGAAGGAUUAGCAAGUGCCACAAUGAUUUGUCCCAGACGUUAUCAACCUCAUACACUUGAAACCCUUUUUCAUCUUCUUCGAGAUGUACUUAACGUUCCUGGACCCGCUUUUGGACUUUAUUGUGUUAAUCACUUACUUCUUCCUAUGGUUCAAAAUUGGCUCAGGAUGACAUCGAAAAUAUUCAGAGGAUGGGAUAACUUUGCGCCGAAUUUUAAACAGUGCUGUGGUCUUACAACUGAUUUAGUAGUUGAUUAUUUAACUCAUCUUCAAGGCCCAGAAGUAAAAAGAGACGAUGAAUUACUUCCUGCUACAACUUUGAUGCUGAAACAAUUACUUUUAGUAAUGGCAGAAUGUGUUGUUCAGCAGACAGAAAGUAUUGCUAGACUUGGUUGCGCGUGUAUAAGGCAUGUUCUCAUAAGCAGUGGACCUAUUUUAACAGCAGAGCAAUGGGAAGUGUGUGGAAUAGCCUGUUAUCGAGCAUGUUCUAACUCACUACAAGAACUUCAUCAACUUACAAUGGCAUUCUCUCCAAGAUCUGAAUCAUUUUACGGUGACAUAGCUCAAGUGAAAGUGGCAGCACGCAGAGACGCAACUCCUGAAGAGUCAGAGCGUCUUCGUCAGCUCUCGUCACAGGUAUUUUUGAUGGCUGAACAACGGUCUGAUGAAUCUACAAGAUUUUCUGAUGAUAGAUCUUACGUUUUCUUACUUUAUCCCCCAUCAGUUGCUUCUACUCUUAAUCCAGAUUUAUAUAUUGUUCGAGUUCAUCUUCGAGCUCUUGUGGUCGGCCUUUUAGUUCAUCAAAUGCUUCUUCAUUGUAUUGCUAGUGUACUGCUUCAAGAUUCUAUUGGAUCAAUAUCGAACUUUUGCAAUGUUAUAAUGACUCCAACAUCUCCAACUACCCCUAAACCAAUUGGUCACGUGUCCAACUUAAGUCCAAAACAUAUCGACAUUUUUUUAACAACGUUAGACCUUUCUUUUGCAGCAGCUUUGAAGUUUGACUCUCGCCCGGGGCUUAAAUUUCUUAUACAAAAAGUAGCGAACCUUCAGCAACCUGCUAAUUUAUACCGUCAAGCAGGUGCUGCAUGGACAAUCAAAAUUCUCACAAUUUUCAAUCUAUGUUUGAACGAAAUUAUUAAAACCAAAGCUGAUUUAGAAUGUAUAAAGAAGAUUUUAAGCAAUCAAAUUGGUUUUAAAAAAAAUCAAAAAACCCAAGACUCAAGUAAAGAGCUUUUAAUUAAAUAUAUUAAACAGUUAAAAGUCACAUUCGAUUCAUUAGUUGACACUUAUGUGGAUGUCAUUAUUAACAAAGACGGAAAACAUUCAGUAGCUGAUGGAUUUGCAGAAAGGAAAAUUUUUUUGUUAGUUGCUCAACCGGAUGAUUUCCCAGAAAUAACCAGUAAAGAACCAAUGGAUGAAAGAUUAAGAUCAUUAGACAAUGAAUCUCUUCAGCAACAUGACGUCAUAGUAUCUAAUGCUAAUCAAAACCGUGAGGAAAAGAAAAAUUCCAAGAUUGAUGAAGAAUACAGAUCUUUAAAAUUAUUCGAUAUGGCUUCGGAUUAUUAUGUUGAGUCUGGACCAGAAUCUGAGAGUGAUUCUGAUGAAUCAAGGCCUUCUUCAAGGCCUAGGUCGCGACAGAAGACAAUAGUCUAUCGGAAAACUUGUAGAUAUUGUCCGAAAGAUGUUGAUGAACACGAAAACACCUCAGAUCUCAAUGUGAACAGUAGUUCAAAUGUUUCAGAAAGACGAGAAAAAUUACGCACAAGCGAUGAAGAUACUGAUAAGACUGUUGAAGAUGUCACGGAAGAUAAUUUAGAAAACGAAAAUGUUCGAAAAAUUAAGAAAAAAUUUAAAAGUAAUGAAAAAAUUUAUCAGAAAAUGAAUCACAAAGUUUUCAAUGAUAAAAGCAUGCAAAAUAGCAUAGAAAAAGUUAAUGAUCUCACUCAGGUUAAAUGCAAAAAUUCUAAAACAUUCUGCUGCCGAUCAGAAAAAAGUAUUUUAUCGCGAAGAAAUUCAUUAAAAAUUGUAUUAAAUCACGAUUCAGAGGAGGAGUUCUCCUCUUCUAUAUCCAAGAAAUCAAAAUCUUUAAUGGAGCUUCAUAGAAUUAACAAUUGUGGUCUUUCGCAAGUGUCUUCAUUCCUUAACUUAAAAUUAUCUGAGAAUAAAACGUGUAAGGUUGAAUACAUUGUAACGGAUUCUUGUAAGUCUCAAGAUCGUUCAAGUAAUCAUGAUCUAAAUAAUAAGAAUGAUAAUAAUGAUAGUGAUGAUGACGAUGUUCAUGCCGGUGAAAUAAAUUCAGUUUUUGAAGACAGCGUUGAUGAUUUAUUACGAGAUUAUGAGAAAAGUAAACGAGGCUUCAGAACUAAUCCAUUUCUCUGCAAUGUCGAGAAUAAUAUUAGUGCUGAAAAUUAUGAGAGGUUUGGAGUAGAAGGAACAAAGAAAAGUUUUAUCAGUAAAGAUAGUGAAGCACACAGACGAGCAUGGGCUGAAACUCUCAGUGCCUCUCUAGAAUGGACGUUAGCUCUUCCGGAUGAAUCUUUAACUCCACUGCUUCCAGUAUUGGUUGGAGGAAUCAGAACUUUAACUAAAUUCGCAGUGGAUGCAAAUCUCAAGCAAAAAAUAUCGGCGUUGUUUCAUCGAAUCAUCAUUCUUUAUGGCUUGACAAAUAAUUAAACAAUUUGAUAUUUAUUUCUUUACGCGUAGAUUAUAUAAAUUAAAAUAUUCAAUGUUUUAAAAAAGUAUUGAAGGCAAAUGUCAAUGUUUAUUGGUAACUUGUCAUGUAAAUGUUAUUUUUAUGAAGUUGCUCAUAGUUAGAUUAAGAGCUGAUGGAGUUUUUCUGAUGAUUGCAAUGGUUGUAAAGAAAAUAAUGACAAAAGUCUUGACAAUAUUAAAUCUCAUCAUUGAUA